GCAGUGACGUAGAUGACAGGGCGCUAUAUAAGUCUCCCUCCCGGAGCGACCUGUGCACGGGUUAUUAUUGCAGCAGUAUCUGAGAACGGGCCGGGCAUCGGAGACAGCAGAGCAAGAUGGCAAGCACCAAAGAGAAGCUGAUCAAGAAUGUGCUGGGUGAGGCGGCCGCUCCUCAGAACAAGGUGACCAUAGUUGGCGUUGGUGCAGUUGGCAUGGCCUGUGCCAUCAGCGUCCUGCAGAAGGACUUGGCCGAUGAGCUUGCUCUGGUUGACGUGAUAGAAGACAAGUUGAAGGGGGAAAUGAUGGACCUCCAACAUGGCAGCCUCUUCCUGCGCACUCCAAAGAUUGUGUCUGGGAAAGAUUACAGUGUCACAGCCAACUCCAAGCUGGUGGUCGUAACCGCCGGUGCCCGCCAACAAGAGGGAGAGAGCCGCCUGAACCUGGUGCAGCGCAACGUCAACAUCUUCAAAUUUAUCAUUCCCAAUAUUGUGAAGUACAGUCCCAACUGCAUACUGCUGAUUGUCUCCAACCCUGUUGAUGUCUUGACGUACGUAGCCUGGAAAAUCAGCGGCUUCCCCAAGCACCGAGUCAUCGGCAGUGGCUGCAACCUGGACUCUGCCCGCUUCCGCUACCUCAUGGGGGAGAAGCUGGGCAUUCACUCCCUGAGCUGCCACGGCUGGGUCAUCGGUGAACACGGAGACUCCAGUGUGCCGGUCUGGAGUGGGGUGAAUGUGGCCGGAGUGUCUCUGAAGACCCUGAAUCCUGACAUGGGAACAAGUGCGGAUAAGGAGAACUGGAAAGAGGUGCACAAGCAGGUAGUGGAAAGUGCUUAUGAAGUCAUCAAGCUGAAGGGCUACACUUCCUGGGCCAUCGGCCUCUCUGUGGCAGAUCUCGCUGAAACGAUCCUCAAGAACCUCCGACGUGUCCACCCAAUCUCUACUAUGGUCAAGGGACUGUACGGUGUGAAGGAUGAAGUCUUCCUUAGUAUACCAUCUGUUCUGGGGAACCAGGGCAUCACCGAUGUGGUACAGAUGACCCUGAAGACUGAUGAAGAGGAGUGUUUGAGGAAGAGCGCAGACACCCUCUGGUCCAUUCAGAAGGAGCUACAGUUCUAAGCCUUCCCGCAAUAGUUGCGUGUCCAUUGUCUUAAUGUGUUUUGUAUGUUGCACUUUCCAAGUAGGUCAACUACCCUUGUAUGUUAGUCACCCGUACCUGUGCGAUUGCCAAAAAGGCUGCUGUGGUCUGGCAGCUGCUUGGAGGCAGAAAGGGUUAAAUGUAUAGUUAUUGCAGAAAUAACUUGUUACCAUUUGUGUAUUUUUGCCCACCCAACACAUCGUCACAGCCUGGCCGAACAACCCCUGACAUUGCAAAGUGUAUCGACCUACAGUGCGUAACUGGCACUCAUUACAUGGACUGGGAAUCUAGCCAUCUGAGGUAUGAGGCACAAGGUGCCUCCUUCUCAACAGAUUGGCUGCAUUUUCAUGAUUGCUGGCGUUCAUUCUGUAAUGGCCUCUGUGUCCAAGCUAAAACAUAUAAUAGUGCAAGAUGUGUUUAGUACAACUGACUUGGGGCAUGCUUGCGUAAAUUGGGGAAUGAAACUGGAAAGCCUCAGAUUUUAGUACCCAGAGAUACAAUUGCACAAACAAAGUGCAUUGUAAUAAUCUAAAACUGUUUUCCAGGUCAAAUGAUUUAAUGGCAAAAAAUACCCACCUCCAAAGAGUAUCAAUCUAUAUGAAGAAUAAUCUAUAUAAAGAUAUAUAUUUCAGUGUCCUGUUCAAUGCUGUCUUUUAUUCAUUCCAUGGUGUAGAGGGUUCAUGUGAUUACAACGGAGACUGCAUCAUGUGACGUAGACAGAAAGACGAGAUGUGAGCACUAAUAAAAAAUAAAUUAUAUUCUGCUGA